AUGUCCGCCACUCCCGAAGCGACUGCCCCUGGCCCGGAGAACAAAGUCCUCGUGCACCCAACGUUGGUCCACUCAAGCUCCAGCAGUGGUUCCAUCGGCACGGACAAGACGCCAGCACCGCGUCGAGAACGGAGCAAGUCACGGGAUGCUGGCAAACGCAUGGGUGGCGGCCAAAAGGCGUCCUGGAAGGUCACGGAAGUCCCUCCUGCCGUGCCAUUGGACGCGAACGACCCCAAUUACGACAGCGAAGCCGAAGAGAACGUCGUGCUCGUGUCGACGGUCGUGGACUCGCCCUCAAAGUCGACGCCGACGCUCGAGCCAGACGCGUUGGCAGCCAAAGAGCUGGCAAUCAAUGCGCCUCCGGACGUGAAGAAGCGCGUGAUUGAGAUCUUGGAGGAGUACUUUACCAAUGGCGACGCGGACGAGGUCCUGAGUUCGCUCCAGGAGCUCAAUGAGCCUGAAUUCCAGUACGAAGUCGUGAAACGCGCCAUCACAAUGGCAAUGGACAAGCACGACAAGGAGCGCGAGCUGGCGUCGCGACUCGUGUCGACGUUGUAUCUGGACGGAAUCACAGCGGGACAAGUGCUCAUGGGGUUCCGUCGGGUCUUGCUGUUAGCUGGCGAUUUGCAGCUGGAUAUUCCGUCGGCCAAGAAUAUGCUGGCGAUUUUUUGUGCACGUGCAGUAGUGGACGAGAUCUUACCGCCGAGUUUCUUGGAGGACCCUUUCAUUACGCGAUACGCGCCUGAGGUCGCUGCUGAAGCUAUCAAGAAGUUGAGCAUUAACCACGCAACUGCGCGGAUGGAAAAGGCGUGGGGACCUGGCGACGGCCGUCCGGUGGAAGAGCUGAAAGUGGCAAUUGACCAGCUCACCAAGGAGUAUUUGCUCUCGAGCGACCUCGAUGAAGCUGCGCGCUGUGUGCGUGAGCUGAACGUGCCGCACUUUCACCAUGAAGUAGUCAAACGCGGCAUUAUGAACGCUCUCGAAGAAGGGGGUGAGACCAGCAGUGCGGCGAUGGCGUCGCUAUUGACCUAUUUGGUGUCCCAUGAGGUGGUGUCAACGGGGCAGCUACUGAAAGGCUUUGAGCGCUUCAAACUCGUACUGGAUGACGUUGCGCUGGACAUUCCCAAUGCUGCUGCGCUUUUUCAAGACAUUGUGAUGCGUGGUAUCAGCGACGGUAUCCUACCGAAGAACUUUGACGCUAGUGCCGCGGAGAAGCGAUAA